AUGGUAUCAUUUCUUCAACAUUAUCCAAUUCUACUACUGCUACAAUUAUUAACAGUAGAAGUGAUAAGCAUUAAUGAUAAUGUUAGAAAAUUUGAUAAAUUUCCUCCAUUUAUGAAUUUAAUUUCACGGAAUAUCAUUCGUAAUACAUCAGAUGUUGUAAUAGAAUCAUUGGAUUAUAGUUGGGAUGUUAAAUGGCAUCGAUUAAUGCCGAUUGAUCAUUUCAGUUAUCGAGAUGUUGAAACUUUUAGUCUUAGGUAUUUAGCAAAUUAUUCCUAUUUUGAUUGUGGUGGACCACUAUUUUUCUACGCUGGCAAUGAGGGUAACAUUGAAAUAUUUGCGCAAAAUACGGGUAUUAUGUGGGAUUUAGCGCCACUCUUUCAUGCUGCUAUUGUAUUCGCAGAACAUCGAUACUACGGUGAAUCGAAACCAUAUGGAAAACGAAGUUAUAUGGAUGUUUUACGAUUGGGAUAUUUAAAUGAGAUCCAAGCAUUGGCUGAUUUUGCAGAAUUAAUUUCGUUCCUUAAAACUAAUAAAAAGGAACUUGGUUUUUGUCCGGCUGCUACUGAAAUACCGGUUAUCGUAUUUGGUGGUUCAUAUGGUGGUAUGCUUGCUGCAUGGUUUCGCAUUAAAUAUCCACAUAUUGUGGAUGGAGCUUGGGCAUCAUCAGCCCCGCUAAGAAAUUUCUACGGAACAGAUGUAAAGCCGGAUCAUGUGAGCAAUAUAACAACAAAUACUUAUGUAAGUAGCGGAUGUGAUCGGAAAGUAUUUUCAGAAGGAUUCGUUGCAAUUAAGAACUUAUCAGAAACAGAAGAAGGUCGAACGAAAUUAAAUCGAAUAUUUCAUUCAAAACCAGGCUAUGAAAUGGAAAGCUUUAAUGAUUUUAUAAGUCUUUAUUCCUACAUUUAUUCUGCUAUUUUUUAUAUGGCUAUGACUGAUUAUCCAUAUCCGGCUGAUUUCUUUACACCUUUACCUGGUUAUCCGGUUAAGUAUGUUUGUCAAAAUGCAACGAAAGCUGAAACAAAUGAUGAAGGAUUGGCAGAACAAUUAUAUAAUAUUAUCAAUGUUUUCUACAACUAUACAGGACUACUUCGUUAUCAUUGUUUCAUAAACAGUUGCAUACAAUUAUCAUCAUUACAAAACGAUGAUGAAAAUAUUGCUUGGACUUGGCAGUGUUGUACAUCAUUAACAGUACAAAAUUGUGAUCGUGGUGAUGAAAAUGAUUUCUUUCUGAAUACUUGUGGUGAUAAUCCAGAUGACUUAAUUAAUAGUGAUAUCAAUUAUUGUACUGAAUUAUUGAAAGAAAUUGGUUAUAAUAGUAAUUUUUAUAAAUUUCAAGAUGUUAUGAUACGUUAUGGAAUGAAAUAUAAUGCUACAAGCAAUAUUAUAUUUUCAAAUGGUAAGCUAGAUCCAUGGUCUGGUGGUGGUGUUGAUCAAAAUUCACCUGGUAUUACGGAUGCAAUGAAAAAAGGUGUUUAUAUAUUUCAAAUAUCAGAUGCAGCACAUCAUCUUGAUUUACGUACACCUAAUACAUGUGAUCCACCAUCUGUAACAUAUGAACGAUUUCAGGUUGUAAAUAUACUAAAAUGCUGGGUUUAUAAAAAUUGUACUGAACUACCACCGCCAAUUCCAUUACCGGAUAAUAUCGGUUGGCAAGUACCAGAUAAUUGUCAAUUUAUCAAAUACGGCUAUCCAUGGAUACAUAUGGAACCGAAGAAAGGUCGGCAACUAACAAGUUCUAUCUUAUUUACUUUAUUAACAACAAUAUCUGCCAUCUUCACCAGUCAUCUCAUCUUCUGA